AUGUCACUUGUCUGCAUCACGAGGCAGCACACUUGCGCCACUUACACACUCUACUCCACUCCACUCCACUCCACUCCACUCCACUCCACUCCACUCCACUCCACUCCACUCCACUCCACUCCACUUGACGCACGUGCAUGUCGCAUCGGCGGCGAGGUUGGUGGUGUACGUCGUUUGGACGUGACAGUCGCACGUGAUCGUCGAGCAAGUCGCAGGAGAAGGGUAGCAACUAAGAAUGAAGCUAAAGCCGUAGCAGAAGUAGUAGUAGCGAGGAGAGGAGAGGAGAGGAGAGAGGAGAGGAGAGAAGGCUUUGAGAUGGGGGAACUGCAGUUGAAACCAUUUGAAGACAGAACAGGCCUCGAGAUUGAAAGCAAGGCAGGAUAG